AUGGCUUUCUUACACAGUCUAUCCACAGAGUGUACAAAGUCCGAGCUGGAUAUUUUCACAUUACCUUAUACACAGACUAGUAUUGAAAAGUACACUUACGUCGAAAUACCACCGCUUUCUGCUCUGACGGACAAUGGGCCCUUGGAGUUCUUCGUGGCCGGAAACGGUGAAGAUUACCUCGAUUUGAAUAACACGUUCCUACAUCUCGCUUGUAAAAUCAUCAACGCUGAUGGGACCAACAUAGACGACGAUGCUAAGGUGGGGGUUGUAAAUUACCCCAUAGCUUCCAUGUUUUCACAAGUCAACGUCAUGCUUGGGGACCGACUUAUUUCACAAUCAAGCAGUACUUAUGCUUACCGCGUUGAAUUUGAAUGUCUGCUCAAUUAUGGUAAAGAAACGUUGGAAUCACAAUUUUGCACAGGAUUAUUCUAUAAGGACACCGCAGGACAUAUGGACGCCACUGACCCCGAGGGGCGAAAUGAGGGUCUUAAGCGAAGGGUCCGAUUCACCGUUGAAAGCAACAUGUUUGAUCUGAUCGGACACAUUCACUCCGAUAUAUUUUUUCAAGAUAAACUGUUGUUGAACGGUGUGGAUUUAAGAAUUAAAAUGGUUCGUAGUAAAGACGAAUUUUGUUUGAUGAAGGAAGGCAACGGAAGUUUCACUCUAAAAAUGAUCAACGCAGCCCUGUUUGUCAAGAAAGUUACCGUUUCUCCACCUAUAAGAAUAGGUCACGCGAGAGCUCUUGGCACAGCCACGGCUAAGUAUCCGAUCGAGAGAGUUUGUAUGAAAACCUUUAGCUUACCAGCGGGGAGUCGCCAUUGUUCUCAAGAAAACGUCUUCCUCGGACCUUUACCUAAAAGUUUAAUUUUCGGUUUAGUAGACAACGACGCCUUCAGCGGGGCGUUCAAUAAAAACCCUUUUAAUUUUAAACAUUACGAUACAGAGUUUGUGGCUCUGUACGUGGACGGAACUCAAUACCCUGCAAAACCGUUUCAACCUGAUUUCCGAUCCGGUAAUGCGGUUCGUGAAUUCUAUGCUUUAAUUCAAGCAUCGGGAAAGCAACUAAAAGAUCAACCUCUGGCUUUAAACAGAGAAGAGUAUUCGAACGGAUAUACUUUAUUUGCAUUCAACCUCAACCCCGAUGAUGACUGUGGUCAACAUUUGUCAUAA